AUAGAGAUGUGUUGUGAAUUUUUAAGCCAUCAAGAAUGCUUUUACACUAUGUUUCUAGAGAGACUCGAACACUAUGGUCCUUUAUGGGCAUGGGCAUGCUAUUCAAGACGUUGCAAUUGGAUCUUGGUUUAUUUCAUGAGGCACACAUGAACGCAACUCAUGAAUUGCUCACCCAAGCGCCCUCCGUGAGAAGCAUAAAUGACACUAGCUAUAAUCUAAAAGAGGGAUAGUAAAAUGCAAAGCAUAGUAUACUAUUUACCUGGGCUGCAAAGAUUGUAAAAUACAACCCCGCGGCCAUGCAUGUCUAGAUAUUGCCACUGUCGAUCUCGCCCAUUUUGAUGCUCCAUGUAAGUCCAACAAUUGAGCUUAUAUUGUAGGCGUAGUUUAAUCCAAUCCAAGAAGAGUUUCGGAGUCAACUGAAUUGAUCUAACAUUUUGUAGCUUGACAGCUUCUUUAGCCCCGAUGAUCUUGGAGAGUGUUGAUCAUUGUGAAGAGCCCAAGUAAUGCAACACAUGGGGUUACCAAUACAUGGAUAAUAUGUCCGCUACGCCACAAGCUUCAAUAGUUCUUCAAACAAUGCUUCUUCAUUCAUCAUUGGCCAUGAAAAGAAUUGAACGUCACAUGGCCUCCUUGAAUGGUUGCUCGCUCACUUGGCUUCUCUCCAAACCACCCUCACGAGCUGAACCUACCUACACUCACUGACUCGCGAUUAUCCACAGCUACGAUCGAGCUUGUGAAACCCCUCUUUCAUCUUCCUUUAAACCAUAUCGUUGCUAUCAUCUCG